AUGUACCACCGCGCGUACGCUCACGCGGUGAGCGCGGGUCUCUACACUACCGACGGCAGCGGCUCCGAGGUGGAGGGCGAACCAGUGCCCACCGUUCAGGCGGACGAGUACAUGGCUAUGGCGCUGCAUCGCUGGUUCGGCAGCGGCGCGUCGGCCCACGAGGGGGCGGGGGCGGGCCUCGUUCCGGGCAACGGCGCGGCGGCGCCCAAGCGGGCAGAGCCCCAGGGGGCCGCGGAGCAGCUGCGGACGGGGCGCGCGCAGCUUCGGCGGCUGGAUCCUCGAGCAUUCUGCCUGUUGGCCGAGGUCUUCCGGAGCGACGACGCCUGGAAUCCAGAACCCCACAAGUUUCCUUGGCGUGUGAACCCGAACUUCGGCAUGGCUGUCGCGGAGGUCGACACCUUCUGCCAGCCCUUGCUGACGAAGCUGGCCGUGGGCUGCCCCUCGCCCGAGGUGGAGUGGCAGUUGCCGCCCUUGCGCAGGCUCCGAUGA